GUGUUGCGGCACCCUUCCAAUUAAACCAAGGGUUUAAGUCUGCGCGGUCUGUCAUCCUUUUGUGUUUUGUUGUACAAAAAGUUCUUGUUGUUGCUCUUGUGUUCACCGAGGAGCCCUGCGAAAUUUAACCAGACUUACCUCCUUCUAGGCUCUGCAGAAAGCCUGGAGUGAUAGAUAGAGGAGAAGAAAUUCUUUACUGCUGAAGAAGCUAUCUCCUAUUUGAUUAUUGCUGUGCAGUAGUACAUCUUGGAUUGAAAGCAGCAAGAGAAAUCUCAAAAGUUCUUCAAGAUUACUGAAAUCUCAUCAGUCUGGUUUAUAGAAGAAGGGAAAAUGGCUCAAGAAACUAACCGUAGCCAAGUGCCUAUGCUUUGUUCCACUGGUUGCGGAUUUUAUGGGAAUCCUCGUACAAAUGGCAUGUGUUCGGUGUGCUACAAAGAACAUCUUCAAAGGCAGAACAGUAAUGGUAGAAUUAGCCCUCCUGCAACUUCUGUCAGUAGUAUAACUGAGUCCUUACCGGUUCAGUGCACAGAAGGCAGCACCCAGGAAACUCAGUCAACUUUAGAUUCUACAUCGACUCCAUCUAUGCAGCCAAGCCCUGUGUCAAGUCAGUCACUUUUAACAGAAUCUGUAGCAUCAUCCCAACCAGAUAGUACGGCUGUGGACAAAACAGUACCUGAGACAGAAGAUUUGCAAGCUUCAGUGUCAGAGAAUGCAGAGCCUACACCUGAAGAACAAGACAAGUCACUUGAUAAACCAAAACAGAAGAAGAAUCGUUGUUUCAUGUGCAGGAAGAAGGUUGGACUUACUGGGUUUGAAUGUCGGUGUGGAAACGUUUACUGUGGUAUGCACCGUUAUUCAGAUGUACACAGUUGCUCUUACAAUUACAAAGCUGAUGCUGCUGAGAAAAUCAGAAAAGAGAAUCCUGUAGUUGUUGGGGAAAAGAUCCAGAAGAUCUGAACUGCUGCUUCUGCUGGAAUACAAAAAUCCUCUGACCAUCUGCAGAUUAAAUUGACUUGAGCUUUUUUCCUUAGUCAUCAGGAACGUAGAGCAGUGUAUCUUGCCUAGACCUUUUAAUCAUGCAUGUCAUCAGAUGAAUAGAUUUUUUUUUGUUUUUGUUUUGAAAAUGACUCUGAACAUUUAUUUUCAUUGCAGUUUUCUGUGGCUGAAGACUUAAGUAAACUUUACAAGUAUUAUCCUUUAAGAUCAUUUUAAUUUUAGUUGAGUGCAGAGGGCUUUUAUAACAAAUGUGGAGAAAAUAUUGGAGGGCUGUGCUUUUCCAGGAUAAAACAUGCAUGCGUUAACUUUGCAGUUUAUUUUCUUGUUGUAUAUAGCUUUUCUCUGCAGUACAAUUUUCUUUUUUUUUUUUUUUUUGAUAAUGCCUUGUAUGGCACAACUAGUUAUCAGUAACUGAAUGUAUUUUAAUCAUUAUGGCUGCUUCUGGUUUUUUUUUUCCCAUUAACGAGAGGUUAUACAUGUUCGCAUAUUAGCUUGUUUGCACCCUCUACCUAUUUAUGUAUGAAUCAUUUGUAAUGAGAGUGUGUGCUGAGAUUGUCUGUGUGUUUUUUUUGUUUGUUUGUUUUUUUAAUUGGGUUUUGUUUUUGUGUGUGUGGGGGGAAGGCUGUAUGCACUUCAUUGACUGCAGGUUUCAUUGGGAUUACAUUCAUCAGUCUGUCUGUACACAAAUAUGAAGAAUGAUCUGAAGUACCUGUGCUGUAUUUAUGUUUAUCCAUGUCUUAACUUUGAUUAAAUAAAAUUUAAAAAAAUCGGA